GCAGAUAUGGCUCAUCGUUCCCAGUGCUCCUCUGCAGGGGACAAUCCCCUGGACCCCAACUACCUGCCCCCUCAUUACCGUGAGGAAUACCGAUUGGCGAUUGAUGCCCUUGUUGAAGCUGACUUGGAGGGCUACUAUGGGUUUCUUCAGGAAGCAGAUGUGGUUGAUUUCUUAUCCCAUUCAGAGAUUGAGUAUAUCAAACACAUAGUGCAGGUUCCGCAUCACGCCACCCAACCAGAGAGGAGAUACAUGGCUGAAGAUGUAGAUGGCUCUUCUGACACUUACUGGCCGGUACAUUCAGACCAUGAUGCUCCAAGCCUUGACUUAGGCUGGCCACAGCAAUACAGAUUUGUUGGACCCACUGAGGUCACUACAUUGGUGAACCCGUCGGUUCCUGAGAUGCCCAGUAUCAAGGAGCAAGUCCGCAGAAUGAUCAAGAAUGCACAACAAGUUAUUGCUGUGGUGAUGGAUAUGUUUACAGAUGUUGACAUCUUUGCUGAUAUCCUUGGUGCAGCGGCACGUGGUGUGGCUGUUUAUGUUCUUCUUGAUGAACUGAAUGCUCACCAUUUUGUUGCGAUGGUGAACAACUGUAGGGUCAAUCUGGAUGAAUUAAAAUUCAUGCGGGUAAGAACUGUGUCUGGUAGUACCUAUUACUGCAGAACAGGAAAGACCUUUAAAGGUCAGAUGAUGGAUCGUUUUAUUUUGGUAGACUGCAGAGCUGUUUUAAGUGGUAACUAUAGCUUCAUGUGGUCUUUUGAGAAGAUACAUCGCUGUCUUGCUCAUCUAUUUCUGGGACAGCUUGUAACCACCUUUGAUGAAGAGUUUCGGAUUCUCUAUGCCCAUUCAGAGCCACUGGUUGUUGAAAAUGUUUUGGCAAAUAUGCCACACUAUAGUGGUGAACCUGAAAGUGACUACAACACAGAAAAGACCCACAUGUUUAACAGACAAUAUCCAACUAUGGGCAUGGAAUGGGCUGGACGAACAACAGAAGAUCAUUUGAAAUUGGGUUACAAAAUGUUACCCUUUAGAAGUGAAUCAAUCCACAGUGCAACAGAAGCGAAUCCCCCUAUUCCGAGGCACAUGACCCUGUCUGCUGCCCAUCAAUAUAGAGGGGACCAUCAAUUUAUAGAACAUGAAAGGCAAAUAAGAGGACCAAAUAAAACGCUUGGCUUCAAAAGACAUAGCUACGGAAAUAUACCUGACUAUGAAUACAUGCCUCCUCAAAACCAUCCAACAAUAAGAGUUAACCAGUACAUGGAGGGGGCAGUGCCACAGGGCGGCCACUUUGCAAGGGAACCACAUAUUUACCAGGGAGCUGGAUUACAAUCUGGUUAUGACAUGUAUGGAAGGUUUAGAGACCAAGACCAACACAUCGAUCAGUUAUCAGGGCCUGUCUACCCUCAUGAGGGAGAUGAUGCUGAAACACCUGGAGCUUAUGACCAUAUUCAAAGAUACCUGCAGUCUCAAACUGCUAUGGAGGAAGAACAUGGUCCAAGAAAUGAAUUACCACAUAUGCAGUCCAAUCUCAAGAGACAUAGCAUGGGACAUUCUUAUACAUGCCAGACCUCCCCAACACAACCAAACCCACCAGAAUAUAAACGUUUCCUCAAUGUAAACCGCAAACCACAGGAUGCGAGUCAAAAGCAAGGCCUGCGGGACUGGAGGAUCAGCUCAUACCUCAGUGCAAAUGAUGAUGCAGGAGAGCUGGAUUUAGCUGAACUUGAAGGAUCCACUGCAUUUGAUGACAUUCCAUGCUUUCCACAGGAAGCUCUUUGUGGCCCCAUACUUGGUGAAAUUAGACCAGGAAAUAGAGAGUUUAAUAGGAUACCUUCACCUAGGGAAAAACCCACGUUUGUUCAAAUUCAAAAUGAUUCUAUUGUGCCUGACAGUUUAGUUAAUCCUCCAUCCGAUUUAUCACAGAUAAAUAUCAAAACAACACCAGCAUCAACUUCAGAGUCUUCUUGCACCACUGAGGGUGACAAAGCAGAGGAGACGCAGAAAAGAGAACCUAAAGAGACUAACCGGAUAAAUGAAGAGUUCCUCAAAAGGAAACCCAACCGACCUGUCCAGAGGAGUUCCAGACUAAGACACUCACUGAUAUUCAGUUCAAAUCUGGAGCUGCAUACAUCAGAAGAGAUGAAAGAUACUGCUGGAGAAAAAGAUGGGGAUGAAGCUUCAAAACUUUCAGCUCGUGUGACACAAAUGUUAGAUAAAAGGAGGACUGGUUCUCCAUUUCAACCAUUUCAGUGGAGCAAUUUUGUAAAGUCAGCCACAUUUGAUAACUCCACCUCAGAGUCUGCACAACCUCUGAACAAAAUGGUUGAAAAUUCUGAUGUAGAUAAGGUUGAAACCUGCCAAAAUAUUCAAAAGAAUUCAUUAAAGGGUAAUCUGCAAGAAAAAGGGCUGCCUCAAACAGUUCCUGAAAAAAAUAGCCAAAGGGAUGGAUGUCCAUCUAAUUUAUUGCAAAAGCAAUCUUCUUUCAUAGAUAUGAAUGACCCUGACUAUAGACUGAGGUAUUUCAAAGAGUUAGCAGCCAAACGCAAACUUGCAGCAGCAAAGGCUUCUCAGAGCAAUCCGAUGAAAGCCACCCAGAAGUUUAAUCUACCAGAGAAACCUUUAGCUACAGAUGCAGAUAAAAAAGAGCCUGUCUUCAAAACCCCAGAAACUUCACUCAAGUCAAAAAAUACCCCUGCCGCAGUAACAGAGAUCAAAGAAACUUAUAAAGACAUCAGAUGUGAGGAAUCGAGUAAAGACAUCCUACAUAGAGCCACUGAUGCUGAAAAAAUUAGAUUUAAGAAAAAACUUGCAGAAGAGUCUGGCUCAACUUUAAAAAAUUUCAAGGGAGACAUUGAUCAAGCUCUAAAAUCUGUUGAAGGGGUAAGAACAGUAACUAACCAGACACCCCCCAUUUUAAAGAUUGUUUCACAAAAGCCUCUCUGUGUCUUAGAAAAUCAAGUAGAGUCUGUUGCAUUAGAUACUAUCUCAAAAGAAUCUGGUCUCACCCAAUAUCAUAUUCCUAAAGAAACAGAUCCCUCCCAUGCCUUUCUGACUGAGAGUUGUCUGCCUGUAAAGUUACCACAGACAAAGUGUGUGUCACCACUAAGCACCACUCCAAAUGAGGGAAGUCUAUCUGCAAAAGACUCCCAAAUUCUUGCACAGAGCCUACCCAAAAUUUCUAGCACAUGUCCUGAUACUUUGUCUCUUGAUUCUAAUUCAGUAGCAAACCUUGCAAUUGUAGAUACUGGUGUAGCUUCAAAAAAUGACCACAAAGACACCGUUCCCUCCCCAGCAAUUUCUACAACUGGAAUUAGUUCCACCGAACACCCCACUGCAAUGAAGGCAGACUCUUCUCAACACCUUAAGGAAACUGGUGCAGAUUUUUCUAGACACUUCACCGCAGUAGGGUCUGAACCAUCUACAGCAGAAAAUAUGCAUUCCCAACACCACUCUGCAACAGAGGAAAACUCUUCUCAACAGCAUACUCCAAUGGAAGCAGACUCUUCCAUACCACCCAAUACCACAGAAUGUGAAUCUUUACAAAAUGUUUCUUCAACAGAGGCAGACCAUUCUCAACACACUCCUGCAUCUAAAACAGACUGUUUUCAACAGCCCACUGGAGUGAGGAAAGAAUUGUCCCUGCACCCCAUUUCUGCAGAAUGUAGAACUUCACAAAACGUCCCUAUAACAAAAGAAACUGAUUGUUUCCAACAGCCAACUGCAGCAGAAAUUGAAACAUCGUACAACUUCACUACAAUUAAAUCAGCCUCCUCUCAACAGCCUACUGAGACAGGAGAAGACUCUUCUCAGUCCCCCAUUAAGACUAGGACGGACUAUUGCAAACGAUCCAGUGGAGCAGAAAGCGAAGACUCUGAAAAACACACUGCAGUGCAGAUAGGCCCUACUACAGCAAGAAAUAAAUCAUCCCAACAGUACUCUGCAGUAUCCUCAGACUUUUCCAAACAUCCCCGAGAAGUGGGGGCAGACACUUCAGAACACCACACUGCGCCAGAGAAGGACUAUUCUCAGAUGUCUGCUGCAUCUGUGGAAGACUCUAUGCAAAACCGUGUGGCAAAAGAAAGUAAACAUUCCCUUAAACCUACUGCUUCAGGUACACAACACUGCAUGCAGCUAAAUGAUUCUGCUGCAACCUCUUCAAAACAUUCCAGUGCAAUGGAGAUUGACUCCUCCCAGCAGCCCACUGUGACAGCCACAGAUUCUUGUCAGCAACCCAUUGCAAAGGAGAUAGACUCUUCUCAAAAGCCUAUCGGAAUGGAGACAGACAGUUCUCAGCAGUCCACUGCAUCAAUGGUAGACACCAUCAAAGAGUUUAGUGCAUCAGAGGCAGACACUCCCCAGUACCACACUUCAACAAAAAGUGACCUUUCCACAGAACCUUUCAAACAGUUACCUUUAUUGGGAGCAGGCGCUUCUCAACAGCCCAUUGCCACAACCACAGCUUCUACCCAGCAGUCAACUAUAACAAUCUCAGACUCUUCCCAGCAGCACACUGCAACAGUCACAGACUCCUCCCCAGAGCCCACUUUAAAAGUCACAGACUCUUCCCAGCAGCCCACUGUAACAGAGAUAGGCUCUUCCAGGAAGCCGUCUGCAGCAGACAAAAACUGCUCCCAGAAGUCCACUUCAAUAGGCACAGACUCUUCAGACAAAGACUCUUCUCAGCAGCCUUUUGUAAUGGUCACAGACUCUUCAGACACAGACUGUUCCCAACAGCCCACUGCAACAGUCACAGACUCUUCAGACACAGACUGUCCCCAGCAGCCCACUGCAACAGUCAUAGACUCUUCAGACACAGACUGUUCCCAGCAGCCCACUGGAAUAAUCACAGACUCUUCAGACACAGACUCUUCCCAGCAGCCCAUUAUAACAGUCACAGACUCUUCAGACACAGACUGUUCCCAGCAGCCUACUGCAAUGGUCAUAGACUCUUCAGACACAGACUCUUCUCAGCAGCCCACUGGAAUAAUCACAGACUCUUCAGACACAGACUCUUCCCAGCAGCCCAUUAUAACAGUCACAGACUCUUCAGACACAGACUGUUCCCAGCAGCCUACUGCAACAGUCACAGACUCUUCAGAUACAGACUCUUCUCAGCAGCCCAUUGUAACAGUCACAGACUCUUCAGACAUAGACUGUUCCCAGCAGCCCAUUAUAACAGUCACAGACUCUUCAGACACAGACUGUUCUCAGCAGCCCACUGGAAUAAUCACAGACUCUUCAGACACAGACUCUUCUCAGCAGCCCACUGGAAUAAUCACAGACUCUUCAGACACAGACUCUUCCCAGCAGCCCAUUAUAACAGUCACAGACUCUUCAGACACAGACUGUUCCAAGCAGCCUACUGCAACAGUCACAGACUCUUCAGACACAGACUGUUCCCAGCAGCCCACUGCAACAGUUACAGACUCUUCAGACACUGAAUCUUCUCAGCAGCCCACUGUAACGGUCACAGACUGUUCCCAGCAGCCCACUGCAACAGUCACAGACUCUUCCCAGCAGCCCGCUGCAACAGAGACAUGUUCUUCCAAAAAGCUGGCUGCAGCAGACAAAGACUCCUCCCAGAAGUCCACUUCAACAGGCACAAACUCUUCAGACACAGACUGUUGCAAGCAGCCCACUGCAACAGUCACAGACUCUUCAGACACAGACUCUUUCCAGCAGCCCACCUCAGCAGUCACAAACUCUUCAGACACAGACUCUUCCCAGCAGCCCACUGCAGCAAAGAUAGACUCUUCCAGAGAGACAACUGCAGCAGACACAGACUCUUCAGACACAGACUCUUCCCAGCAGCCCACUCCAACAGAGAUAGGCUCUUCCAAGAUGUCAGCUGCAGCAGACAAAGACUCCUCCCAGCAGCCCACUGGACCAGUCAAAGACUCUUCAGACACAGACUCUUUCCAGCAGGCCACUAUAACAGUCACAGACUCUUCAGGCACAGACUCAUCUCAGCUACCUACUGCAACAUUCACAGGCUCUUCAGACACAGACUCUUUCCAGCAGCCCACUGCAACAGAGGUAGACUCCUCCCAAGAGUCCACUGCAAAAGACACAAACUCUUUCCAGCAGCCCAUUGCAACAGAGGUAGACUCUUCCCAAGAGUCCACUGCAAAAGACACAAACUCCUCCCAGAUGUUCACUGCAGCAGAAACAGAUUCUCUCCCUGAGGCCACUUCAACAGUCACAGACUCUUCCCAGCAGCCCUCUGCAACAGAGACAGAUUAUUCCCCUGAGGCCACUAUAACGGUCCCAGACUCUUCAGGCACAGACUCAUCUCAGCUACCCACUGCAACAGUCACAGACUCAUUCCAGCAGCCCACUGCAGCAUACACAUACUCCUCCCAGAAGUUGACUUCAGCAGGCACAUACUCUUCCCAGCAGCCCUCUGCAACAGAGGUAGACUCUUCCCAAAAGUCCACUGCAAAAGACACAAACUCUUUCCAGCAGCCCAUUGCAACAGAGGUAGACUCUUCCCAAGAGUCCACUGCAAAAGACACAAACUCCUCCCAGAUGUCCACUGCAGCAGAAACAGAUUCUGCCCCUGAGGCCACUUCAACAGUCACAUACUCUUCUCAGCAGCCCUCUGCAACAGAGACAGAUUAUUCCUCUGAGCCCACAGCAACAGUCACAGACUCUUCUCAGCAUUCUACUGUAAAAGACACAGACUCUUCAAACACAGUCUCUUCCCAGCAGCCCACUGCAGCAGACACAAACUCCUCCCAGAACUCCACUUCAGCAGGCACAGACUCUUCCCAUCAGCCAAUUGCAACAGAAGUAGACUAUUCCCAAGAGUCAACUGCAAAAGACACAGACUCUUCCCAGCAGCCCAUUGCAACAGAGGUAGACUCUUCUCCAGAGCCUACUGCAGCAGACACAGACUCCUCCCAGAUAUCCACUGCAGCAGAAACAGAUUCUGCCCCUGAGGCCACUGCAGCAGUCACAUACUCUUCUCAGCAUUCCACUAUAACAGACACAGACUCUUCACAACAACCCACUGUCAGAGUCACAGACUCUUCAGACACAGACUCUUCCCAGCAGCCUGCUGCAACAACCACAGACUGCUUCCAGCAGUCUUUUGCAACAGAGACAGACUCCUCCCAGCAGCCCGCUGCAAAAGAGACAGACUAUUCCCAGACACACACUGUAACAGCCACAGACUCUUUUCAGCUUUUCAUUCCAACAGAGACUGACUUGUCCCAGCAGAUCACUAUAACAGAAAGUGAAUUUUCUCCAAAUCCCACCAAAAUGGAGACCGAUACUUCCAAACAUCUUAUUAAAACAGAAAAUGAAUCCCUUCAAGACAUAUCUGCAACAAAAUUGGACUGUGUAAAUGCGAAAAAAGAUAACUUAUCCGAAGACUUUAGCAAACUAAUACCUGUUCUAAAGGCUAACAUUACUCAAAAAGACAAUAGCAUAUGUCAAAAUGCUGUCAUCACGGACUUAAGUUCCCCAGCUGAACAUUCCCAAUCUGAUACCAUUACACUUUGUGAUAGCCAAGUGGAACUAAACCAAACAAAAGCAUGUGUAAUUUAUACAGUAAAAGACACAGACAAUGGUGCUUCAACUAGUCUUGAUUCAAUGGAGCUGAGCUCAACUCAGACUCAAGGUUCACCAGAACCUUGCCUGUCCUCUGAUGAAAUCAACUCAACUCAGGGAAUACCACAAUUACAGUCUAGCUUAUCAUCAAAGCCUGAGAAAACAGAUGAGUCCCAGAAAUCUGACACCAUUACACCGCAAACUCAUGAUACUUCAGCAAUAGACACUCACAGGGUUGAUAAAAUUAAACAAACAGCACCAGAGGUAGAGAACACUGUGACAAAAAUUGCAGAGGUGUCAGAAAAAUCAGAUUUGACUGUUCACAGUAAUUUAGAAAACCAGUCUUUUGUUGCGGAGAAUGCAAAAUCGAUUAAGUCUGCCCAUCAGACAUCUACUGCAAAUGUUAUCUCGUGCAGCAACCUUAGAGAUGACACUAAAGUUCUUCUAGAGCAAAUUUCAGCAAAGAACCAAAGCAGAUCUUCCCUGUCCAAGCAGACUCUAACUGCACCCAAUGAAGCCAAAAAGCCUGUGGUUAGCUCUGCAGAUAAAUUGUUAUCAAGUUGUUCAGGAAGGCCCUGGUCCUCCAAGACUACAACAGAAGAGCGGGAGAUGUUACUACAAAAGAUGGCGCAAAUGCGUAAAGAAAGGAAGGUCUACAGCCGUUUUGAAGCCUCAUGAAUUAACCCAUUGGAAGAGGGGCUCGACUGAUGAACCAUAAGAGGGAUUUUGAUAGAUAUUUCCUUUCUUAAAGUCUUCCUGUACCUCAUAACUGUGAACCUGCACAAACUUGGAUUGAAGUGUUUUAUAACUUCUGAUUAUACCAAAGAGUACUGCCUAUAUUGAGAGUGGAAAUCCCUGCAGGGCUUAACAAGCUAUGCAGAUGAUCUGCGUGACAAGAACUUUACCAUCUGGAUUUAGCUUUUGAUAGGGCAGGCAUUUCUUAGUGUGUAUAUAAAUAAUAUAGCUGUGAAACACAUUUCUAAAUCUGUUGUAGUUAUUGAGAGUUAUAUAUAUAUAUAUAUAUAUAUAUAUAUAUAUAUAUAUAUAGAAAUUAUGAUCUGUUACAAAUACUGUAAAUAGAGAGUUGUUUUUUACCUAACAAAAACAAGGAGUGCACUGAAAAUGGAGCUGCCAGAGACAGAGCAUAUGAGCCAUGGAGUGGGGAAGGAGUUGCAUGAUGUUGCCAGGAGCAAGGAGCAGGUUUUCUGAACGUCUCUAACAUUGUUCUAAUACUGCUCCAACAUGUUGACAGGGUCAGACUAUUGUUCGUGUUUGCAAUACAUGCAAGUUUUUGUUGUUGUUGUUGUUGUUGUUUUUUAAUAUAGGUAUUUUGUGCCCAGAUGUUUUUCAUUUAUAUUAAAAACCAACACUGAAAGAACUUCAGUUGAUCAGUAA